AUGAGGUGUAAGAACGAGAGACAAUUAGAUUGUUGGUUAUUGUCCAAAGAAAUAGAUCACGAAUAUCAGGCGCGUGAAAAGGUCGACCGGGAAGAUUCUCAUGAGCAAAAAGUAAUGCCCGCACCAAACGCCGCCGCUUUGAAACCGACCUUGUCCAACAAUGCUACUAACAAGACAAGGGAAUAUGAGGUUCUCGUCAUCCCGCCUGCUUCCCCAACCAGCGACACCUACACCGCCACGCAACAACCUUUGAGAACAAGGACCAAGCGUAUCAAUUGCAAUUCCACGAAUGGGACUUUCUAUUGGAUUCCCGAAGGAUACCGUGCGGUUUUGGUGAGGACUGCGGAUUUACCUUUGCUCGUGGGCUCCGAAUAUCCGUUGCCGUCUCCCACCUAUUCCUCGGAUUCCGAAGAUUCCAGUUGUUAA